AUGGCCUUGCCUUCUGUGCUGCACCUAGGCUCGCACGAGCUGAGGCUUCUUCCUGUUAGUUGCAGCGCCGAGGUCUUGCCCGGCACACACCGCUGCAGCGACAGUCUCCUGACAGCGUUCUGCUUUGUGGGGGAGCUUCAGGCAGACGCCGUCGAUCUCAGCGGCCAAGUCCGCGAAGCUGCCAGUGACACUAAUGGUAGCUGCGCGACCAUUCUCUGGUACUACUCCCCGCUCUUCCAAUUCGAGCAAAAGAGAAUCCGAGUCGAAGAGGGCGUGAUCGAUGCAGCACUGACGAAGGAAGUGAAGGCGCGCCAGCACGCCGAUGUGAAGUCUCCAUCACUUCAGCUUGACGGCGCGGAGGCGGUGGAAUACCAGGUGUCGUGCCCGAUGCGAUCGAGUGAGACGUCGAGUGCAGCACUCUCCGUGGCCUCUACCACUGCUCUUCCAGCACUGUAUCUUCGUAUCGGCAUCUCCACGACAUUCCGCGAAUACAGAUUGGUCAUAGCUGGGUCACAAAGCGCAGCCCUUGGUACUUCUAUAGAGCUGCGCGCGCAGAGCGAUGCAGAUGUGGUAGGCAACGACGAUGGGGCCUUAUCAGGGCAUGCAGUACACAAGCCACCGGCUCUGCAGCCUUUGAUACCAAGGCACCCCACAUUGACACCGCUCGACGCGCGACUGAGCGGCAGCGGUGUGCGAGGCAUGGUGAGGCUAGCCCACAAACACAGUGCUGCACUGCGCCGAGGUGUUGUUCCCACAAGUGCGUCGAUACGACGUGACGCUGCGCGUCUUGAGGAUGAGGUGAAGACGCCGCAGCUACCGAACUCCUUCAAAGCAACCCCCAGCACGGCUAUCGUUGCCGCAUCGCCGCUUCACGCAAGGAGUGAGGGGGCCAGCGAGCCGCACGAAGUGGUGUUUUCCAUCCCAAUCUCUCUCUCCCGCGAGGAUGGUGAGUCUUCCCCGUACCCCCGGAAAGAAGGAAAUUUAUCACAGUGGGCGUUGUCUGUUGGCCACGAUGGAACGUCCGAGAUGUGUGCGCGCAAGGACGUCUCGCACGGCAGCCUCACUUUCAACACGGCCGGCGGCUCGAGUGUCUCCUCGGCGUUCCUCUCCAGCACCCUCUUCUUUUCAUGUAUUCCAUCCUCGACGCCGACCAGCGUGCCCAGCAUUGCGCGCUCCGCCGAAGCGGACACAGAUGACCUCCACUCUUCCUCCACCGAGGCCAGCGGCUCGUCUGGUCGCUUCUUCGACGAUACCGACCUGGAUUCACGAGAGAUCACUCAUAUCUCGUCUGAGGCCUGCACCCUCCGGCCACAGUGCACGUCUUGCCCAACACCUCCAGCGACCCCGAAGCCGUGUUGCACGCGAGGUCGUCGUCUUCGCAUCCUCGGCAGCAACAGCAGUGGCCUACCGCGCUCUACCCACGCUCCACACUCGCCCGCAGUCCAAGGAAUUCAGUUAGUGUUAGAGUCAGUCAGUGUAGCCUCACCACUGUCAUCGUGGUAG